UGACUUGAACUAGUUUACAUUACUGUACACCUUUCUAAGCACUGUUAGUCUGCCUUCUGUUACAGCCAGCACAGUGCACUUUUCUGAAAAAAAUGAAUGUAAUAGUUUUUUUCAUGAGUUAAAAAAUGCAUGUAUUUAUGAUUUUCAUGAUUCUAUGCAAAAAAGUAAAUAAAUAUACUCGUUCACUGUCUCAGUAAACACAUACAUGUGAAAAACAUCUUGAAAGUAAAGCCAACCCUGAAGAAAUGCAAAAGCCCUCUAAUGUGAAAUAUUUGCUGAAUUACCCCUUUCAGGGACAGCGGUUACUACAUUGGACAGCUUAUCAUGUUAUCAGGUUACAGGUUAUCAUUACUGUAGUGGUGCAUGAAAGGGUUCAUCCAAAAUCCAAUCUGAAUUGUAAUCGAUACAUCUGAACUUCUGAAGAGUGAUGGGAAGCUUGAGUUUCUGUUGAAAUGCAUGCAAACCUUUUGUGAGGCCCGCAGCUUCUCAAAGGAUACGUUUUAUAGAAGGCUGGAUUAACAGCCAGUGGAGGCAAGGAGGAUAAACAACGAAAAACAGUGAGUGAACUACGCAACUCUGAUUAGUAGUCAUGAUGUCGUUAUUAAAAGUUGUUUGAAGUUUAGCAAUUCAACACCUAUCUCCAAAACAUUACGAAAAAGCCUUACAUUUAUUUUGAAGCAAUAGUAUUUGUUAUCUUGCUUUUAUUGUGAAAACACGCAUAGAUUCAGAUUGCCGUCCUUCUAUUUCACAUCCGUUCGCGCCUGCCGACCCCCAGUUCAGUACUGAACUACCAAAGCAGCGAAUCUUUUGUUAUUUUGCUAUUAAAGGAUAGAUUUGUGUGUGCUGUAAAGUCGACACCAUCGAUUAUCAUGCUGAAAACUUUGGCUUGUGGAGUCGUGACAUUUGCUGGAUUGUACGUCGGCUUCAGAAAAGUAUUCAGGGGGACAUUCACGCGCUGGAGUGACGCGGAUGUAUUGAUAGUCAGUGAAAGGCUCCUUGAUGCUAUCCACGCUUCUUUGGCUACUGCAACUGGAGUCAUCACCGCAACGUCAUGCAAGCGCAUCAUGACAGACAGUCACUGGGUGCUCAGCGAGUUUCUGGUGUUUGGAUAUCCCUAUUCGGCCAUCGACCUGUACGCCACAUACAUGAGCCACUAUCAUACUCAGAAGCUCAGAGGGAACAGCAUGUACGACAAGCACUCUCUGAUAACACUGAAGGCUUUCCUCUCCCACUAUUGGUUGACGGUGCUUCAUCACCUGGGAGUGCUUGGUAUUCUCCUACCCGUUGGCAUGUUCUACAGGAGGGGACUGGGUGAUUUUUUCGUCGGAUGCUUAUUCAUCACAGAACUCAGCGUCGCUUUUGUUGCCAUUUCAAAGAUCAUCGUCCAGGUGGGCCUGGAGAACACCAGGCUGCACAAAAUCAACAGCAUCUUAGUUCUGAUCACGUUCGUCAUGUGCCGGAUCUUGAUCUUCCCCUACAUGUACUGGAAGUACGGACGGGAUUUUGGCAUUCCACUGCACAAAGUGCCCUCCCACCUGCCCUGGCACUGUAAUGCCGGCAACCUGGCUAUCCUUGUGCCUCAGGUCUACUGGUUCUACCUCCAGCUGAAGAAAGCCCAGCGAGUGUUCCGACACAAGAAAGACUAACACCAACCAUGCUCCCCAAAACGGAACGAUCGUGGGAAUUUCAGAGUGAAAUUUCAGCAUGAAUCUAAAAUGCACCGGACAGUUGGACAGUCAAAAGUCGACAUUUGUUCAGGUUAAGGUUAUACGUAGGUUCAUCUUAAAAUGUCAAAAGUGCAAUAGUCCCUAACUUUUUGUGAGUAGUGUAACUUCACUGGAAACUCACACUACAAUGCCAGUACAAGAAAACUGAAGCGGGAUAACUUUCUGACCAAUUUCUCCACCAUGACAAAAUUCAGCAGCAGCCUGAUUAUCUGAUGGCUUUAGAUCACAGGUGUCAAACUGAACAUUUUCAACAACAACUACUUGACCAUAUUUUAUAGUCAUGUGUAGGAUUUGUCAGAUCAGGGGGAAAAAAAUCUGUGUGUGUAACCCACUGAAUACCUAUUUCACACCAAGUAAGUGAAUUUUGUGAGUCAAGCGAAACAAGAGCGUCUCUUUUUCUUUUUUUUUUUUUUUCUUCAAUACGAAGUUUUGGUGACUUUUUUUUGGGUGGUGUGUCAUGAGAUUUUGCUAACGUGAAUGGCUGGGGAAAUGCUGUACUUGAAUAAAAAGGCAUGCAAUGG